ACAAGAAUAAAUAACAGACACGCGCGAACACACGCAGCCACCAGCUCUUCAGCCUGAUGGAAGCUAAAACGCCGCUUUCCGACAUCAGCACUUCAUGACAGUGAGAUUUAAUUCGCGGGCGAAACACAUCAUGAUAUAAUGCGAAAUGUUUGGAUGACCUUCUCAUCUUAUCAGGAAGGGUACCGAAAAUGUCUCCAGUUUCUCCUGUUUUAGUUCAGGCAGCAGGAAGCCACCAGCCAUAAGCAAAUCUUCAGUGCAGCCUGCCGGGGACGAAUGCCUUAAUUAUUAUCAUCACCAUCAUUUUCAUCAUGAAGGACUGUUUAUCAGAAACUGCGUACUGGCCCCUUAUUCGCUUUUUGCUGCCACUGGCCAUAACUAAUAUAGCCAUCGACUUCGGGGAACAGGCUCUAAACAGAGGUAUCGCUUCUGUAAAAGAGGACAAGGUUGAAAUGCUGGCAAGCUAUGGUCUAGCAUACUCGCUUAUGAAAUUCUUCACUGGACCCAUGAGCGACUUCAAAAAUGUGGGACUUGUGUUUGUCAACAGUAAGAAGGAGAGAUCCAAGGCCAUCCUCUGCAUGGCUGUGGCUGGAGUCAUUGCCAUUAUCUUACACGUCCUCAUAGCUUACACAGAUCUGGGCUACUACAUCAUAAAUAAGCUCCAUCAUGUGGAUGAUUCAGUUGGAAGCAAGACCAGAAAAGCUUUCCUGUACCUCGCACUGUUUCCAUUAUUAGAUGCAAUGGCAUGGAUUCAUGCUGGCAUCCUCCUGAAACACAAGUAUAGUCUUCUAGUAGGCUCUGCCUCCAUAUCUGAUGUUGUUGCACAGAUAGUAUUUGUGGCGAUCCUCCUCCAGAGUAACCUGGAAUGUUUCGAGCCUCUUCUCAUCCCCAUUCUCGCUCUGUAUAUGGGAGCCCUUGUGCGAUUCACUAUUGUAGGACUUGGCUACUACUGCAAUGUUCACGACAUCACCCCUGAAUCCACCAGCACUGAUCAAGGGGGUGAUGCCACCAUAAAGAAGAUGCUUAGCUUCUGGUGGCCGCUUGCUCUGAUUUUGGCUACUCAGCGCAUCAGCAGACCCAUCGUCAAUCUGUUUGUGUCACGGGACCUGAAAGGCAGCUCUGCAUCAACUGAAGCAGUAGCAGUUCUCACAGCAACGUAUCCAGUGGGUCACAUGCCCUAUGGGUGGUUGACAGAACUACGUGCAGUGUAUCCAGCUUUCGAUAUGAAUAACCCGACCAAUAAGUUGACCAGUGGUGUGAUGGUCACCAAAUCACAUAUCAAGAAGUUCACCCUUUGCUGUUUUAUUCUCUCUUUAGCGAUGUGUUUCAUUGUUUUCUGGAGCCCUCAUGUUUCUGAGCGUAUCCUGAUAGAUGUCAUUGGAGUUGAUAUGGACUUCGCAGAGCUCUGCAUCAUGCCACUGAGAGUCUUUUCUUUUUUUCCUGUGCCAGUUACGAUUCGAGCUCAUCUGACAGGCUGGUUUAUGACGCUAAAGAAAACGUUUGUGCUGGCACCAAGUUCAGUUCUGCGCAUCAUUGUGCUCAUCACCAGUCUUCUCGUGCUACCUUAUAUGGGGAUUCAUGGUGCUACACUUGGCGUUGGGUCUUUAUUAGCAGGAUUUGUGGGAGAGUCCACCAUGGUCGCAAUUGCUGCCUGCUAUGUUUAUCGACAACAGAAGAAAACCCCUGAAGCAGAAGUGGUUGUGGAGGACAAUUCGGCGCCGAUCACUGAUGUCGCUUCCAGAGCAGAGCUGGAUGUCAUUUCUGAUGAUGGUGAUCAGGAAGCGGAAAGAGCAGAUCAGUGAUUUCAUUUGGAUAUGCUGAAGAAGAGGUGGACAUUUGCAGCAAUACAUGGAUUUUUGAUAACAAGUACUUUAUUUUGUUCUAUUAAUAUCUUUGUUUCUACAAUCUCUGGAACUGUCAGAUAGACUGCUGCUUGUAUGAGGAAGCAGGAGCAGAUUUGCAUGUCUGCAACAUACAGUACGCACUCCUGCACUUUUUGCAUAUUUACACACACGGACGUCUUCCAAAGUUCCGUGCAAAGCACUCGCAUCUGAAUAUAAUCUCUUUUGUUUUGGGAGAAAGAAUGCAUCAAAAUGGACUUGUAAUCUGUUUUAAGGACAGAAAUGUUACUUGCUAAACUUUGGCCGAGAGAUGUGUUUUCCUCUUGCCUUGAGACGCACAAUAAAUAUUUACACCUUAAGUGAAUUAGAACUUGCUUAAGAGGGAUUUCUUUUACUCACUUGGGGCACAGACUAGAUUUAAAGGCAUUGUUCAUCAAACAAAAUGGAAAAAACUCAUCCUCAAGGGGUUCCAAACUUUUUUUCUGUUGGACACAAGAGGAGAUAUUUUGAAGAAUGCUGAAAACCUGUAACCGUUGACUUCCAUAGUAUUUUUUCCCUGCAAUGGAAGUCAGCGAGUUAGAGCUUUCUUUUAAAAUAUUUAUUUUCAUUUUUGGGUGAACUAUCACUUCAAGUUGUAUAUUUCAAUUGAUUUAUUUUUGUAUUUACUGCACAUUGCUCUGAUUUGGUACCUUUGCAAAGAGCGUUAUGGAGUUCGUUAGGUUUGACAAUCACUCUAACACUAUAUAUACUGUACACACACCAUGGACUAUUUAUUUGAGCUUUUGUGAAAGCAUGAAUCGUUUCUGAUAAUCAUCUGAUCCAGUAUUUCAAAUAUAGAACCUGUUAUAUUCCAUAUUUCAGCUAUUUACUUGAUUUUUCAACAUAUUUUGUCAACUUACUAAAUAGAACUAUCAAAACUACUGUAUGUUUUACUUGAGGAAAGUGGUGCUUGUAUAUGCAGAUGCAAGUAAACUAAGCACAUUAUGAAUGGAUUAAUGCGUUUAUUAAACAAAUGUUGGGCUUAA